AUGACGAGUAAAGCGUCGGCGAGUGAGGGAUCAGCUGCGACAGGAAAAGGGAAUGCUGAAAUGCGGACAACGCAAGGCAGUGUAGACAAACGUGCUUUGUUGAGCAUUGAGCGCGAAGUUUUGGACGAGAAUCAGUAUCUUGCCAAUGCUGGCUACACGGAACUCUUGUGGCCAAGUUUGAAGGAUGAUCUGCUGGGAGUGUAUCGACAUUUCCGACCCAAGUUACCUAAAUUGAGCCAGAAAAAGCUCAAGAUGUGGCUUUUCUCAAUACUACCAAUUCUCAAGUGGACAUCCGAGUACCAGAUCCGCAAGUUUUUGCCAUAUGAUGUGGUGGCUGGAGUAACAGUUGGAAUUAUGCAUAUUCCUCAAGGCUUAGGAUAUGCUUCUCUGGCGAGGGUCGAACCAGUUCGAGGUCUUUAUGUUGCACUCCUACCUGCGAUAGUCUACGUGCUUCUCGGAACCAGCCACCACAACUCAAUGGGUACAUUUGCUGUGGUCAUGUACAUGACCGGAUUCGCGAUUGACCAGACUUUUUUUGAAAAUCCCCAAGAAAUUCCGCCGUACACGCGGGAGGAGCUUAUGACAUUGAUGACAUUUGCUAUUGGAAUCUGGCAGAUAGUUCUGGGAAUCACCAGGAUGGGAAGCCUGUUGUCAGUGCUGCUGUCGGACACGCUUGUGAGUGGGUUCACGACAGGUGCUGCCUUCUUGGUCAUCACGUCUCAAGUUCCAACCCUCUUCGGCCUGGAAACAACAGACUGGACGACAACUUUUCCGAAGCAUUUCCAUUUGCAUUAUCUAGUGCUGACUCGCAUGCACUUGGCUAACACGGUCGCCGUUGUGAUAUCGGUCUUCACCAUGACCGUGUUGAUCAUCAAUAAUGAUUUAAUGAGGAAAAUGCUCUUGAAGUUUUGUCCGUUUCCUUUCCCCAUGGAAUUGGUACUGAUGUGUAUAGGGAUUGGGUUGUCGACUUGGCUGAAUUUGGCUUCGCGACACGGUGUCCAAGUCAUCGGUACGAUUCCUCUCGGGUUGCCGUACUUUCGAACUUUCCCUCUCGAACUGCUCUGGAAAAAGGAAGUGAUAAUUUGGUCUAUGGCUAUUGGAUUGGUGUCCUUCACUACCUCGUACUCAAUGGGCCGAAUUCUGGCGCGGAAAUGGACCUAUGACGUUCUCCCCAACCAAGAACUUCUGGCCAUGGGAACCGCUAAUGUGGUGGGUUCAUUCUUCAUGUCGGGGCCAAUCGCUGCGUCGUUGUCUAGAAGUGUGAUCCAACAGGUCACGGGUGGUGUAACUCAAGUGGCCAGCAUUGUCAGUGCUCUUCUUCUGGUGUUCGUCUUGCUGGUCGUCGCCAAAUUCUUCGAAAUGCUGCCCACGUGCGUUCUCGCCAGCCUCAUAGUCGUUUCACUCAAGGGGCUGUUCCUGCAGUUUGAAGACUUGGAGCAUGUUUUCUGGACAAACCGUCUCGACAGCUUUAUUUGGUUCGCAACUUUCUUCACCGUGGUUUUGGUUGACAUUGAGUGGGGCCUGGUUGCUGGUUUGGGAAUGAGCUUUGCCGCACUGCUGUGGACGUCUUAUUUUGGCGAGGCCACGGCUCUGGGUCAAAUACCCGGAACUGAACUCUUUGCCAAUCCCGCCAAAUUCACCGAGGCAAGCUUUACCCUAGAUCUUGGUGGAGUGCUACACUUCGCCAACGUGGCGGAAUAUCGGCGAAUGUUAUCAAAAAAGACUGACUUUGAUCCAGAGUGUUGGUUUAAACACAUGACUCCUGCCGCAGAAACUUUACAGAAGAAGGGCUUGCUUCGAAGGAGCUUUUCAUCUGCCAAGUCCAAACUUAUCUCUUCUUCACAACUGUUGCCAUUCGUCGGACCAUUGAACGGCAAACGGGACGUGUCGAAAGAAGUGAAGCAAUUUACAGACCUGGAAAAAGUAAGGCGUCCUACUGAAAAACCUGUGGGUGUUAUCCUCGACGAAGACUUGGAAGUUUACAGCAACAAUGAGGAAAUUUCCGAUUUUGAACCUUGGAAUUUCGAAAAAAAUGAGGAAGAAGACGAAACCGAACCUGACCAAUCUCAAGCCGUUGAAAAUGGCGCUCCACGUAGAAAUAGCAUACACGUUGAUCGAAUUGGCAAUCCAUUACCAUUACGAUAUUUGAUCAUCGAUCUGAGUUCAACCCUAAUCGUGGAUUUGGCAGCAAUCCAAUUUCUCAAGACUCUUGUGGUUGACUAUGACCGUGUCAACGUACAAAUUCUGUUCGCUGGCCCAACAGUAGGAACGUUGGAAAAAUUACUAAGGUCGCGUUUCAUCGAAGAUCAAUCACCUAUGGAAUUUUUCUUUCCCACACUAUUUGACGCAGUGACCUACGCGCGGCAUCGGGGUUACCAACACAUCGAACCGCGCCCUUAUAUACCGAAUACCAAAAGGGAAAUCAAACACGGUCGCUUUCCGCUCGCUGCCGAUCUCCGAAUUGAGCACAACCGUCGCAAACUUCGCACCACCGUGAGCAUCGAACAGCCGCCGGAAGCGCCACUCCCGCGGCGGCGGCGACGACGACGACAUGCCAUCCGUCGAACCUGGCAAAUCGACACUGCCGUUCUGGGUUUCCAUCGAAUGACUAAAGGCGACCGCAGCGGAGUAAUUCCCCAAAGCCAGCUUCAGCCUAGACACUCCCGUUGCUGCCGCUGUCCGCCAUGUCACCGCGGAACCCGCACUCAACAUCGUUGA